AUGAAUGGAAACCGCAUAGUGGAGCCUGACUAUGACCUGAAGGGACUCAAUUCGGGAAAUUCAAGAUCAAAAAUGGACGAAGAUCCCAUUAUUAGCAAAUUUCAUAGGGCUGGUCUCAAUGAUACAGAGGACGAUGAAGACAGUAGAGCCAAUAGCAACCGUAAUACUGGCUGGAUCUCUUCGAUGAUAAACGACGAAAAACGAAAGGUGGAAGGGAAAAUAAAGCUGAAUGACGAGGAGGAUUUACAUUUAUCCAAGGCCACCUUGAAUAAUUGUGACGCUUUAGUGAAGAUUCUAACGGACAUAAUUAAGCUAGAGUUUGUUAUCCAUCAAUCAUGGUACAUUAGGUCCCUUUAUAAGAGUGUUUUGAUUCAAUUUGAAGUCGAAACGACCAGGAGUAAUAAAGGAAGCGCUGACAAUAGCGACGAUGAUAGCGAUAAAAAUAACGGUAACGAGGACGAUAGUUUUUACAAGGAUUUGAGCCUGAAAUGCAUCAAAAAGUGUGAAAAAUCGUCCCUUGCGCUUGAGUCGUUAUCUAAAGACAUUGACAAGAUGAGAGAUUUCAUAAUGUCUAGGACGAUAGAGAAUAAUAGAGUUGACAUACUAUUGCAGAACUCGAUGACAUUAUUACUAGAGUGUUGGAUAUACACCAUGAAGAGGCUGCGCCAUUUGAGAAUGAAAAUCGCAGGCAUUUUUGUUAGAUCCAAGCUUUUGCUUAUUGAUCAUGAGCUGGUGACCAUAUGGCAUUUUCUACAGGAACAAAGCAACGAACACGAAAUGGUAAAUAAUGAGAAUGAACUGAAACUAAGAGAAACGAUAAAAUCGUACAGAGCGUUCAUUAAGAUAUUUAUUCAGCAGCUAGAAGAUUCUGAAGUGGGAUCUCCGUCUUCCUCCUUAUUUGAAGAGUGUUUACACGUCUUCCUGGAUAUAGAAUCGAUGUACAAUUCAUUAAACCUGAAUUGGUUAUUGAAUGAGAAUAAGGCAUUACAAGAAAGACUGCUGUCAUCGUCCCCUUCACCGGAAAACGGUCGUUUCAAGGGUCUUCCCGUUAUCGAUGAAAGAAAGGAAAUUGAARAUAUCAGCUCAUUUGUCAAUAGUAUUGUCGAUGCAUCCAUGUUAACGCAUGAUCUGACACCAAUUAAUUCAUCGGACAGUGAUGACCUAUCUAACGGAGUACUCGAUCGUCUGGAUGAAAGAAGACUAUCUUCGUCUACCUCAGAUAUGUCAUUGAUGAUGCAAAGAACAUCACUACAGAAACAACUUCCCACCUUAUUGACCGCUUUUAGUAAUGCUAGAAGGCUGGAACAAGAAUUGCAAAAUGCAUGCAAGAUGGAAGAUGAUAAGCAUAGCGCUAGCGAUAUUAAUUCCAACAUACGACAAAACGAAAGUGGUAUGUCUUCGAGUAUCUCCUCACUCAUCUCUCAAACCUCAACAUUGGCAUCCCCGUCUCCUCCAUUGUCGUCAUCCUUUCUAUCCACAGCACCUUCGCAAUCAAGUCCGCGCAUGGCCACACUACCAUUUUCAUCCUCUUCUUCCCUACUGGAAACACAAUCACAAACACUAAAAAACAACAUGUCUCAAUGGCUAAACCAACCGCGAUCUGGCCUCAAUGGCGCAAAACCUAUCCCGACAAACCAUAUCGGAUUCCACAGUAAUGUCUUAAAUACGCUUUACGGCAUCGGCGGCGGCCCCACAACAAGAGCUUAUAAGUCUAAUCAAUCUCCAUCACAAAACACAUGA